UAUAAGGCAGGCGCAGACAGAGAUGAGCACAGAAGCCACGCUGACUGUCAGUGCUGCAGUAAAAUGACAGAAGGUGAUGAUUAUCCUGGUAAGUGUGUUAUUCAAUAUUUUCAGUCCUAUUUUGUGUUGGAUUUUUGCAGCUAACACAGAUGCUUAACUGGUUUAUGAAACUGAUUCUACAAUAUGCUGAAACUGUCUUAUUUGUAGAUACCAACGCUUCCUCCCUAUCUGGGACGGACGAGGUUAUAAAUAUAGCCAGUGUGGCCAUCUACUCCAUCAUCACCGUUGUUGGGAUGAUUGGCAACGGUUUGGUCAUUUAUGUGACAGGCUUCAAGAUGAAGACAACAGUCAACUCAGUGUGGUUUCUCAACUUGGCCCUGGCUGACUUCCUCUUUACAGCCUUCCUGAUUUUCACAACCAUCUCUCUCGCUCAGCACCAUCUCUGGCCAUUUGGACCUUUUAUGUGCAAGCUCAACAAGUUUGUGACAGUCGUCAGCAUGUUUGCCAGUAUAUUCUUCCUGACAGCCAUCAGCAUGGACCGUUGCCUGUCCACCUGGGUGGUGGUGUGGGCCCAAAACAAGCGCACUGUUUGCAAAGCCAAACUCAUCAGUGUUAUCAUUUGGGUGCUUGCUGCGGUCUGCAGCAUCCCCUAUGCAGUGCUGAUUCAAACUGACAAGAACGGCUACUGUAAUUACACGGAUGAUGAAAGUACACACAAGAAAGUAUGGAUUCUGUCCCUGUUUCGCCUUAUCAUGGGCUUUGCCAUCCCAUUCGUGGUGAUAUUUUUCUGUUAUGUGGCCAUCGGUGUUAGAGCAGGGCGCCUGCAUGGGGUAAGGAAACGGAGGUCACGCAGAAUCAUCUUCUCGAUCAUCAUUGCAUUCUUCCUCUGCUGGCUGCCCUUCCACAUUGUGCAGUUAAUAGAUAUAAUAGAUCCGAGUACACAACACAUGGCUAUUUCAUAUAUUGCAGGUCCACUGACUGUGAGUUUGGCAUUUUUAAACAGCUGCCUCAACCCCAUCCUCUAUGUUUUCAUGUGUGAUGAAUUCCAGAAGAAGUUAAAGAAGUCCAUUUGUUUUGUCCUUGAGAGUGCGCUUGCAGAGGACCAGUUGUCAUAUAUGUCCUCUCGCUCCUUGUCAUCCCACCUUUCACGGAUUUCUAGAAAGUCUGGAUCUGUUACACCUAUGGAAAUAGAAAACAAGGCCACUUCCCUAAAUGCCACUGAAUGCAAAGUGUUUAUAAAUGAAGCAAGUGAGAUGCUGAGCAUUGAUUGAAAUGUCCAUAUUACCUUUGUUGCAAACUGCCUGUAUCAGUGACAAAAUAUUGUUCAAUGUUUACAAGGAUGACUGAAUGUUUUUGUGUAAAUAUAGAUGUGAAAUGAUUUGUUACUCAUUUGAUAGACAAGUUUUGUUAACGUGUGCAAGCUGGUGACAUCAACUUGUUUAUGUGUUGACUGAAGAACUAUUUGUACAUUGACUGAAUUUAACAUCUGAGACUUACAGUUUUUAGUAUAGUGCAUAAAGGUGUGUGGUUAAUGA